UUGUUAAAUGUCAUAUUUUGGUGAGAAAAAGGGUUGUAGUUGGUUUCUCAUGCACUAUUCCUCCUUCCCUAUUUUCUCCUCCUUUCAUUUCUAUUGAUUCCCUAGUCCCUACUUUUUGGGAGAUCUAAUAUUCAUAUAAAUUAAAAAAGACAUUAUUUUUUCUCCAUCUUCCUCCCCUUUCAGAAUUCAAAUGGCAAGCAGAAAGAUCUCAUCUUUGUUGUCUCGCUCACUUUCAUCUUAUCUCUGUUCAUCUGCUGGGAGGAGUUCUUCAGUAAGGAGGGGAUUAAAAAGAUUCAGCACUGCUGCUGCUAUUGAUGAACCAAUUACCCCUUCAGUGGAAGUAAAUUAUACAAAGCUUCUUAUUAAUGGCCAAUUUGUAGAUGCAGCUUCAGGGAAAACUUUUCAUACGGUAGACCCUCGGACUGGGAAUGUGAUUGCUGAUGUUGCUGAAGGUGAUUUCGAAGAUGUGAAUAGAGCGGUAUCUGCUGCUAGGAAAGCAUUUGACGAAGGACCAUGGCCGAAGAUGACAGCUUAUGAAAGGUCCAGAGUCCUUUUGAGAUCUGCGGAUCUAAUUGAUAAACAUAAUGAUACUAUUGCUGCUCUUGAAACAUGGGAUAACGGGAAGCCCUAUGAGCAAUCUGCCAAAAUUGAAGUACCUAUGCUUGCACGUCUUAUGCGGUACUAUGCUGGCUGGGCAGAUAAAAUACACGGUCUUACUGUUCCUGCUGAUGGGCCAUACCAUGUGCAGACUUUGCAUGAACCAAUUGGUGUAGCGGGCCAGAUUAUUCCGUGGAACUUUCCUCUUUUAAUGUUCGCUUGGAAGGUUGGACCUGCCUUGGCUUGUGGCAAUACAGUCGUUAUCAAGACAGCCGAACAGACUCCUUUAUCAGCACUUUAUGUUGCUAAUCUGUUUCACGAGGCGGGACUCCCUCCUGGUGUUCUGAAUGUGAUUUCUGGUUUCGGCCCAACUGCUGGGGCAGCUCUUUGCUCUCACAUGGAUGUAGACAAGCUUGCUUUUACUGGAUCAACUAGCACCGGAAAACUGGUCCUUGAAUUAGCGGCAAAAAGCAAUCUCAAGCCAGUAACUUUGGAGCUUGGCGGAAAGUCCCCAUUUAUCAUAUGUGAAGAUGCAGAUGUAGAUCAUGCAGUGGAGACUGCUCAUUUUGCUCUAUUUUUCAAUCAGGGGCAAUGUUGUUGUGCUGGUUCCCGCACAUAUGUUCAUGAACAGAUCUACGAUGAGUUUGUUGCAAAAGCAAAGGCGCGCGCUGAAAAGCGAACAGUUGGUGAUCCAUUCAAGCAGGGCAUUGAACAAGGUCCACAGAUUGAUCCUGAACAGUUUAAUAAGAUUUUAUCGUACAUUAAAUCUGGUGUCGAGAGUGGAGCUACGCUGGAAACUGGUGGAGACAAGCUUGGCUCCAAGGGAUACUAUGUUAAGCCUACAGUUUUUUCGAAUGUCAAGGAUGACAUGUUGAUAGCGCAAGAUGAAAUUUUCGGUCCAGUACAAACUAUCUUGAAGUACAAGACAAUCCAUGAAGUGAUACAUAGAGCAAAUGCAUCCAGUUAUGGAUUAGCAGCGGGAGUUUUCACGCAGAAUCUCGAUACUGCUAACACCUUAUCGCGCGCUCUUAGAGCCGGUACAAUAUGGAUAAACUGUUACGAUGUUUUUGAUGCUGCAAUUCCUUUUGGUGGGUACAAAAUGAGCGGAAUCGGUAGAGAGAAAGGAAUUUACAGCUUGAAGAACUACUUGCAAGUGAAGGCAGUCGUCACUGCAUUGAAGAAUCCUGCUUGGUUAUAAACCAUAAAAACUUAAUUCUCGUCCCCAUUCGUGUUUUCGAUUAAUAAAGAUGUAGCUCAAGAUAUUAUGCCUAUUUCUUCUUUUUUUUUUCAUCAUCGUACGUUAUUUAAACUGAUGAAAAAUGUUGAAUCGUCGAUGAUGAUGAGAUCCUUAUCUAUAUAUUGCAAGUGUUAAUGAUGUUGAUAAAUUUGGUUGUUAGCAACCCAUGGAUUUGGACUGGAAAACCAAUAUGUGUGGCUGUUAUUACUUAACAUCAGUUUUGGCAAACCUUAA